AUGCAUCUCAUGUAUACUCUCGAUGCCGACGGCAAGCGCAUAUAUACCCUCAAGAAAGUCGUCGAGGGAGAAGUUACAAAAUCAGCACACCCAGCUCGAUUCUCGCCGGAUGACAAGUACUCGAGGCACAGAGUCACGUUGAAGAAGCGAUAUGGACUGCUACUUACACAACAAGCGAAUAAGCUAGCGGCUAAGAAAUAG